AUGGCGCGGGCGCCGGGGGCGGCCAACGUGACCAGGGUCCAGGAGUUCAUCCUGCUGGGCUUGUCCACCAGACUGGGCGUGAGGCAGGCGCUGUUCCUGCUCUUCCUCUCGCUCUACCUGCUGACCCUGCUGGAGAACACGCUCAUCGUGCACCUCAUCCGCAGCCACAGCGAGCUCCGGAAGCCCAUGUACUUCUUCCUGGGCAACCUCAGCUGCCUGGAGAUGUGCUACGUGUCGGUGACCAUGCCCACCCUGCUCGCGGGGCUGUGGGCCGGGCCCUACCACGUGCCCUUCACGGCCUGCAUGACCCAGCUCUUCUUCUUCAUCUCCCUCAUCUGCACGGAGUGCACGCUCCUGGCCUCCAUGGCCUACGACCGCUACGUGGCCAUCUGCCGGCCCCUGCACUACCCGCUGCUCAUGCGGCCCCGGGUCUGCCUGGCCCUGGCGCUGGCCUCCUGGCUGGGUGCACUGCUGGUGUCCAUCAUCAAGACGGCCUGCAUCGCCAGCCUGUCCUACUGCGGCCCCAACGUCCUCAACCACUUCUUCUGUGACGUCUCCCCCCUGCUCAACCUGUCCUGCACCCACGUGGCCUUGACAGAGCUGGUGGACUUCAUCUCGGCCAUCGUCAUCCUCUGGGGCUCCCUCCUCGUGGCCCUGGCCUCCUACGUGGCCAUCGGCAGAGCCGUGCUGCGCAUGCCCUCGGCCGCCGCCCGCCGUAAGGCCCUGUCCACCUGCGCCUCCCACCUGGCGGUCGUGGGCAUCUUCUACUCGGCCACCAUCUUCAUCUACGCCCGCCCCAGCCGCAUCGAAGCCAUGGACCUCAACAAGAUACUGUCCGUCACCUACACCGUGGUCACGCCCAUGUUCAACCCCAUCAUCUACUGCCUGCGCAACAAGGAGGUCCAGGCGGCUUUCCGCAAGACCCUGCGCUGGCCCUGA